CCGAAGUUUUCCAGUGUCCGUCUAAGUGAAGUUUCAUUUAGGUACAUAUGUGUUUAUUCAUAGUGUUUAUUGUGGUUUCCAGAUUUAUGCCAGAUGGAAUUUACUUGCACGGGGGUGAAAUAUUGCCCGCCGCCUUGGCGAAAGAAAUGAACGAUAUCAUAAAAGACAAAGAUAGGUACUACAAUUUCUUCAAGUGGCGUAAUCAUUAUUCAUACCACCAUACAGACGAGGCGCCAGAUUCCGAUUACCUGUGCAGAAUAUGCGAGAUGCUCCACGAUGAAACUCUUGUGAGGAAGAAAACUGUGUACAAGGAUUUCAGAUACUGGUGGAGCGGCCCAGGACCAUGCUCUCCUCCUGGUAGCAAAGUUUUUAUAUGGUUGUGGGAUUCACUAGUGACCCGUCCCCGCUUUGCACCAGUAUUAUACAUAUAAAUAAAUCUUCCUCUUUAAUCACUCUAUCUAUUAAAGAAAAAAAAUUAAAAAUCCGUGGCGUAGUUUCAAAGAUCUAAGCAGACACGAACAGACACACAGUGGGAAGCGCCUUUGUUUUAAGUAGGUAUAUCAUGUAGUGAUACAAGUAAAUGUAUUUAAUGUUGAAUUGUUGCAGAGUUUCAUGUAGCUGUAUACAAUAUAUAUCUUGAUCCGCAUUCA